AUGAUUUCUAAUGACAUAGCACUGGGGCUCUUUUUUCUUUCUCAGACUGGAUUUGGAGUACUGGGGAACUCCUUCUUCCUGGGCCUUUACACCAUCACCUUUCUUAUUAGUUCCAGGCUCAGACCCAUAGACUUGAUUCUUACCCAUCUGGCUUUUGCCAAUGACUUGGUGCUUCUUUCAAAAGGGAUCCCUCAGACAAUGGCUGCUUUGGGACUCAACCAUUUCCUUGAUGAUGUGGGAUGUAAACUUGUGUUUUACCUUCAUCAAGUGGCCCGGGGACUUUCUCUUUCUACCACCUGCCUCCUUAGUACCUUCCAGGCUAUCAUCAUUAGUGCUAGAAGCUCCAGGUGGUCAGAGCUCAAAGUCAGAGUCUCAAAGUACAUUGUUCACUUCUGUUUCUGUUGCUGGAUUUUUCAUUUGCUGUUAAACUUCCUUAUUCUUAUAUAUUUUAAAGGGCCAAAGAGAAGCAAAAACAUUACUGAAAUACAGGAUUUAAUUUAUUGUUCUGCUACAUCUUAUGCUUCUUCAGCUAAUAUUGCACUAUAUGUAUUCAUAAUUUCUCUUCCUGAUAUUUCAUGUGUGACAAUCAUGGUCUGGACCAGUGGAUAUAUGGUGUUUAUCCUUUACAGACACCACCACAGAGUCCAGUACAUUUAUGGCAACAAUCUUACAUGGGGAGGUAGCCCUGAGAACAGAGCCACACAAACCAUCCUGCUGCUGGCCUUCAUGUUCGUCUCCUUUUACUCACUGAAUUCUAUCUUGGCAUUGCUUACUCAUUUUAAGAAACUACCUUCCUGGCUCAUUCAUACCUGUCUUCUGGCUGCCUGUUUUCCUUCUUGCAGCCCUUCUGUUCUAAUUAUCAGUGACUCUCAAGUCUCCAAAUACUACUUGGCUGUCUGGGGAAAAAUAAAGUCCCAGCCCUGA